AUGCUAGUAGCUGCAUGGAUCUAUGUAUACGUUGAAUAUCGCAAACAGCUACUUGCCAUUACGCAUGCAGUUACAGCUGAUAUCUCCCGCAUUACUAUUGCUGCCUCUUCUACGAGUGAAUUUGCUUUAAAAGUAUCCGGGUACGAUAGACAGCUAUGUGAGGCUGCAAAAACGGCCAGACGCGACUCCUUAAAAGCCACAGCAAUCCGAAUCACGGACUUCUUUGUAUGCGAAACAACUGCCUGGGCCUCGUUUGCCGAGAUUACAGAGGCGGCACGACAAAUGAUAAGCAAAACUAAUGCUAUCGUGGAGGCAGCAACCAAUGUCGAGGACGCCGAGAAACCGGACCAUGUCCCUGGAGAUGAUGAAGGCGAAGAUGAAGAAGACGAAAGCCAGACACAGAUACUCUCUCGAGAAUUACGAGAACAGGCAGAGUCAACUUCAGACAAGGUGGCAGAUGUGUUAGUAAGAGUCGAAGCUGCCCAAGCAAAGGUCCGCGAGUGCGAUAACGCUCGAAAGCAAGACAUUGCUGCACGUGCCAUUGCUGAAAAAUACGCAACGGCUGCCAGUGAGGCGGUAGAAAAGCUGGAUAUCAGGUUGACAGACUCUCUAAAUGAAUCUCUGGCAGUAGUAGCUGCGGCAGAGAGGGCACGAAUAUUGGCGGAUCAAGCUAUCACUUCUGCUACAUAUGGAGAGAUGGCGAUAGCGAGAGAAAAUGCAGCCUCUGUAAGAACGGAGGCUUCCACUGCUGAGCUUUCGGUGGAGAGAGGUCGCAGGGCUAUGGAUACCGCCCGUACGAUCCUUCUCGGAUGGCUACGAGGAAAGUAG